CUUGCUUGCACUUGAUGGAGCUAAGGAGAGACUUCAUUUGUUUCAAGCAUACUUACUGGAAGAAGGAUCAUUUGAUCCAAUAGUAGAUGGAUGUGAAGGUGUUUUUCACACAGCAUCUCAUGUUCAUUUUUCAGUGAGUGACCCAAAGGUAGAACUAAUUGAUCCUGCAUGAAGGGAACAGUUAAUGUGUUAAGAUCAUGUGCAAAAGUUCCAUCUAUCAAAAGAGUGGUUCUAACAUCUUCUAUGGUUGCGGUCAUUUGCAACCGAAAGAUGCUAACUCCUGGUUUACAUAUUGAUGAAACUUGGUUUUCUGAUCCAUUGUUUUGCAAGGAAUCAAAGACACAAAUGAAGGACCUUGGGGCGCAAUCCAAUGCUACAAAUGAAGAAAUUAUCACACAAGUUCUAGGGCCUGAGCGACUUGGUCGUGUUCGAACAUAUGAAUUGGGUCCUUCCCCGAUAGAUGUCUUUGGAGGCGGAUAUAGGCAAUCGCAAGAACAAACUCGUAUCAUCCAAACACAAGUCCAAGAGCAACUUAACCAAUAUAAAGCACAAAUGGAGAUGCAAAUGAAGGAGAUGAUGGAUGCUAUGCUUAAUCAACAGAAAGUACAAAUGGAGAUGCAAAGCACAAUCCAAGCUCAACAAGCACGAAUAGAGCAAUUGGAGUCUCAACAGGCCAUGGAUGGGCCUGUUGCACCAGCUGCUACACAUGUGCAUUCACAACAACAAUCCCAUGCAUACGCCUCAUCGUUUAAUUGUCAUCGUUCGCCCGAGGAAGUUCACAUAUCAAAGAAAGAAAAGAAGAAGAAGAAGAAGUAGAUAUGACAAACUCAGGCAUUGCUGUAUAGGCUAUCUGGUGAUUAUAAUCCAUUGCAUUCAGAUCCGAAGGUUGCAGAAAUUGCAGGGUUAGUGCACCAAAUAAUUCAAAACUGCAUUCUCUUGCCAUGUUUUUUUUUAUUUUUUUAUUUUUUUUUAACUCUCUAUUAGAUGUGCUGCUAUUGACUCCUAGAUUCAUGGAUCAAGCCAACUGCAUUUUUGGAGAUAUUAAUUUUUCCUGGAACUAUGCUUCAUUUCCCAUUGGCAAGUUUAUGCUUUUUCAGCCAACAUAAUAAAUAAUCAAUGAUUAUUGAUGCAUUCUUGGCUAUUUUAACUUCUUUAGAGCUUAUUCACCCCCAAAAAACUUUUGUAGAGCUAAGCAUCUAAACGGCAUAUGCUUUGUACAAAGGGGGGGGAUGGAGCUCACAUUCAACUCUUGCCUAUGACUGGAAAAUAAAACAAAGAGAAAAGGAAUAAAAAUUACAUUGGCAAGGGAAAAUAGGCCUUGGAUUGUGUAGUGUGGGUCAUUUCCUUUAGCAACAGUGGUUACAUCUCUUUUUCUUUGAAGACAUUUAAUCAGAUUACCUUCUCUCACACUGUUGCGCAUUGUCUUAUCCUUGCCAUUUAAUUUUCCAUUUUA